CGCCCCCAGAUCUGCACCGCCAGCCGCCGGGAGCUCCGGGCUCCGGGCAUAGAGGCUGCGCUGUCACAUGGGCGGCGGCGACGGGGCCGCAUUUAAGCGGCCGGGGGACGGCGCCCGCCUCCAGCGCGUCCUCGGGCUUGGCUCCCGCCGGGCGCCCGGUUCUCUGCCCGCCGGGGGCCCCGCGCCACGCCGCACCGCGCCGCCCCCGCCGGGCCAUGCGAGCGCGGGCCCCGCCGCGAUGAGCUCGCACAUCGCCAAAAGCGAGUCCAAGACGUCGCUGCUGAAGGCGGCGGCGGCGAGCGGGGGCAGCCGGGCUCCCCGCCACGGCCCUGCCCGGGACCCGGGGCUGCCCAGCCGCCGGCUACCUGGUUCCUGCCCGGGGACGCCGCAGUCGUCCGGGGACCCCAGUUCGCGGAGGCCCCUGUGCUGGCCGGCGCCGAGAGAGGAGGGCGCGCGGGGGAGCCAGCGUGGGCUCCCCCAGGCGCACUGCAGGCCCCGGGAGGCGCUGCCGGCCGCAGCGUCCCGACCUUCGCCGUCGUCGCCGCUGCCGCCGGCCCGCGGGCGGGAUGGGGAGGAACGGGGACUGUCCCCGGCGCUUGGCCUCCGGGGCUCUCUGCGAGCCCCGGGCCGCGGGGACUCCGUUCCAGCCGCCGCGUCCGAGGCGGACCCGUUCCUCCACAGGCUGCGCCCCAUGCUCAGCUCCGCCUUCGGCCAGGAUAGAUCACUGCGACCAGAGGAAAUCGAAGAGCUCCGAGAGGCCUUCAGAGAAUUCGACAAGGACAAGGAUGGCUACAUCAACUGCCGGGACCUGGGCAACUGCAUGCGCACCAUGGGCUACAUGCCCACUGAGAUGGAGCUCAUCGAACUGUCCCAGCAGAUCAACAUGAACCUGGGUGGCCACGUAGAUUUUGAUGACUUCGUGGAGCUAAUGGGGCCUAAACUCCUGGCAGAGACAGCAGAUAUGAUUGGUGUAAAGGAACUGCGAGAUGCUUUCCGAGAGUUUGACACCAAUGGUGAUGGGGAAAUAAGCACCAGUGAGCUGCGAGAGGCUAUGAGGAAGCUCCUGGGCCAUCAGGUGGGACACCGAGACAUAGAGGAAAUUAUCCGAGAUGUGGACCUCAAUGGGGAUGGACGAGUGGACUUUGAAGAGUUUGUCCGGAUGAUGUCCCGCUGAGGCCGCAGGGGCCCCUCCAGGACUGCCAAGCUCCCAAUGGCGGGGCGAAGAGGAGCCAGAGCUUGCCUCACCUGCCGUAGCCGCCGAGAGCCCAGGAUGUAUUGGCGGAUGGGGCCUGCCUGCACCCCGGGGAGGCGCCCACCCAGGACCCCCACCCUUCCGCACUGUGAAAGACUCACUCCUGCAACUGGAAAGCGGGGGCGCCCGCCGAUGAGGAGGCCACCGUGCCAAGCCGGCAGAGGUCGUGCCAGGCGCCAAGGGCCAUGUGCCCAGCUGCUGCUGGCUGGGUGGGCCAGGGAGCCCGCCAGCAGAUCCCACACAGCAUGUCCGCCCCAGGGCAAAGCCUCCCACCUUCGCUCUGCGCCCGUCCCAGCUCGCCUCAGCCCUGUUAUCUCAGAACCAAUAAAAAUAUUUCCAAGAGCAA